AUGGGGGUCGUGCGAUCGAUAGCCCUUUACGGGGCCCCCGUAUGGGCGGAUUCGCUCUCUCGCCAAAACCUCGCCUCCUUGCGGAGGCCACAGAGGCUGACUGAGAUGGCGACGAGAGCCGCAAGGCGAUAUCGCACGAUCUCCUUUGAGGCAGCGUCUGUGCUGGCUGGUUCCAUUCCCUGGGACCUAGAGGCAAAAACCCUCGCGUCGCUGUUCUUCUGGCGCGAUGAGGCCGCGGCUCAGGGUCACCGGUUGGCACCGAGGGAGAUCACAGGACGCCGCAAUGAGCUGGGUCAACGCUCCUUAGAAGAGUGGUCCCAAAGGCUGGAGCAGCCGACUGCUUAG